AUGGACACUUACAAGUCCACCCUCGUCGGCCUGCUGGGCCUCAGCUCGCUGCUGCUCGUCAGCCAGCCGACCCGUCAGUCGGCCCUGAGGGCUCAGGCUGUCAAGGUCAAGAAGUCCAACCCCGACGGCAAGAUCCCUCCGCAUUCCAAGCAGCACCCCCAGAAGAAGAUUUACCUCGUCUACUUUCUCAUGACCGUAUCGGCGUGGUUGCAGGAAAUCUUCAUCACCAACCUGUACAAGAAGGAAUACGGACUGUCCAACGACGUCAUCUUCCAGCUGACUCUGAUUAACUUCAUGACGAGUGGUGUUGUUACCGUCUUUUCUGGUGCCUUUGCCGACAAGUAUGGCCGCAAGUCCACCAACGUUGUCUUCACUGGCUGCUACGGCGCCGCCGCCUGCUUGGCCAUGAUCCCCGAGCUUCCCGCCAUCUUCGCCGGCCGCAUCCUGGGCGGUAUCGCGCAGGCUCUCAUGUUUGGCGUUCUCGACUCAAUGAUUGUCAGCGACUUCUUUGCGCGCAAGCUCAUCACUCAGGGUUGCGAUCUGUACCGCACUUUUGGUACCAUGGGUGUCAUCAACAGCUUUGCCGCUGUUGCUUGCGGUGUUCUUGGUGAUCGCCUCAUCUGGGCCACAGGCUACAACAAAGCCCCGUUCGUUGUCAGCUGGUUGGUCAUGUGGCAGGCCAUGCAGCUCGUCUGGUCAAAGAUGAGAGAGUCAUAUGGUGCCGUCUCUACCGAUGACAUGGAGCUCAAGAAGAACACGCCGACUCUGGGUGCCUUUUUCAAGCGCCCAUACAUCUGGCCUCUUAUGCUCGCCUCCAUGGCAUUCGAGGGCUCUUCGUUCAUGUUCGCCUUUGCCGCUCUCCCCGUCAUCAACUCGGUCCACCGAACCAAGUCGGAGCUUCCGGCAACCUACCUCUUUGCAUGCAUCAUGACCUCGGCCCUGGUUGGUUCCCUGACCUUCAACAUCAUGAUGGUCAAGAGGAGAGUGCGCCACAUUCGUGUGCUGAGCUUGAUCCUCCUCGGUGCCAACCUUGUCUGCUACCGUCUUGCCCGCCCCAAGAACGAGCGCAGCACUUUCUGGAUGGCCAACGCAUUUGGUCUGCUCAUCGGUCUCUACUACCCGUGCAUUGGCACUCUGAAGGCCCGCCUGAUUGACGAGGGCAUUCGCUCGACCGUCUUUAGCUUGGUCCGGGCCCCCGUCUACGUCUACGUCAUCGCUCAGCUGCUUCUGAACCAGGGCACUCCCACCAUGGUCAGAAUGUUCCAGACUUCUUCGUGGUGGCUCACGGCCGCUUUUGCUGCUACCUGGAUCAUUUCCUACAACAAGAAGCUGCCAUAA